AUGAGUGCUAAGGUAUCCAAAGCCCACCAGACAAGUCUCUUCAUGAGCCAAGUGGAAGUCAACAAGGAGGACCAGGGGGUCAUGAACCUCGGCAAGCACUGCUACAAGUGCAAUCAGCUCGACUUUCUACCGUUCCACUGCGAGUUUUGCAACCACGUCUACUGCUCCAAUCAUCGGUCGCUUGAUCUUCAUGGAUGUGUGGGCAGACCUGAGUCUCCUAGUAAUGGGAGCAGAAUAUACAAUGGGCCUACGGCAGCUUCGUUGUUUCCGGAUAGAGAAAAGCACCUGAAGAUGCUCGAUAAACAGCUUGAGCUGGCGAAAGUACCGGUGACGACGCUCAAGGAACAGAGUGUGGGUAAAGCUCUGGCCAUGACAAAACUCACGAAAUUCUUGCAUUUACAGAAAUUGAGCCGGAAAAAGAAAGUGUCGCUGCUUUUCGGGAAACCCAAGCCGGUCAACAAGGUGGUGGAAACGUCCAGUAUCAAGAAAGUGGCCAAAGGUGCCGCUAGUGUUCCCCAGACUGAUCGAGUGUACCUCUGGGUGCUCUAUGUGAACAGAAACGAAGAGGAUUUGGAUAAGAUUAAUAUUGACAAGGAACGCAAGGGGGUGUGGGUUUCGAAGAACUGGACGGUUGGACGGGCACUAGAUUCGGUGGCUGAUGCAGUGGGGAUCAUGAAUCAUAACAAUACUAAGCUGGAUACGAGCGAGCGGCUCAAUUUGUUCAAAGCUGAGGAAGAGACGCCUGUAACACUCCCGUUUAGCAAGAAAGUCGGAGCCACGGUGGCCAAUGGCGAUACCGUCUAUCUCGUGAAGGGUGAGCUAUGA